GGACGGCUUAUACCCCGCAAAAUACUUAGCCCUAAAACUGCCGAGCCCGUCAUUCCCAAACGGUGGCGGCGGCCCAGACACGGGCACGAUUAUAAUAGGCACUUGGGACAGGUAGAUCCCGGAAACCUCGGCACUAUGAUCAGAAGCACACGACUCAACUGAAACAAAACAGAAAUAGCUCCUACACUCUGUACCUAACCACCUCAUCAAAUAUCUGGUCUUCCAACGAAUCUACUGCAACUUCUUAGCAGGGCACAAACCUUUCCUGCCCAACCGGGACAGAGCCCUAUAGCCGAGGACGAAGAUAAACAGCGGCCCCUAGGCUAGCCCUCUAGCCCCCUCGUCCGUCCCAAGUCUAGAUCGAUCCACCACCAGAUUGACAUGCGCCGGUCAUCCCAAAAACACUUCAAAUUCCCCUCUUUUCUCCCAAGACAGACACCAUCCCGAAUCCACACUCCCAUCUCCCUAGGAAAGUCACAUGAUAACAUGUGCGCACGCCGAUCGUCGUCAAUAGUGUUAAUCUGUUUCGGAUUUGUUUGUGAUUGAAAUACCAAGGACCUCGCUCCCGUGCCCUCGCCUGGACCUAGAGACCCUACUUCUUAGUUCCGCGCCCGCAUCCCAACGCCGGGAACCCUUGCAUCGCAUCGAUCGAUCAAUCGAUCAAUUGAUCACCCGACUACGAUCGAUUCGAUAGACGACAAUGCGAUACGGCACGACACGAUACGAUACGACAACGUAGCUUAACAGAAAUCGUGGCCGUGGUGGCUAUUAAUCAUGUCGAAUUUCUAUAGCCUGUACCCGACCACAAGCGCCUCGGGGGUGGCAGCGACGCCGACGGAGAUGGCGCCGCCGCCAACGCCGACGAGCCUGGCGACGAGGGGGAGGUCGAGUACGAGUACGAGCUCCGUUAGCUUCAGUAAGGGGAGUGCUAGUGGGAGCAAGAGGGACAGUAGGGAUAGUAAGGCGAGUGUGGGGUGGUCGAGGAAAGAUUGGAUGGAGGCGCCGUUGCCGGUGGGGGUUACGAUUGGGGGGAAAGAACGCGUCCCCCAAGCCGUCGCCCUCCUCGCCCCCGCCUUCGUAGAUAACCCCCUUAACACCUACCUCCUUAACAGCCUCGACCCCGUGGAUCGGCGCGCCUUCCUCCCCAAGUACUUCACCGCGCUCCUCACGCAAGCAUCACUAAACGGCGGGUACAUAUUCGAGCACUCAAACUGGGAGAGCUGCAUGAUUGUCCUCCCGCCCGGAAAGGGCGUCGGGAACCCGUUUACGCUUCUGCAAUCGGGGCUGGCGGGUCUGUUGAGGAAAGUUGGCUUGACGUGCGUUAAGCGGAUGUUGGGGGAGUUUGAGGGCGCAGCUAAGAAGUCGAGGAAGGUGGGGUUGGCGAAGGGGGAGGUGCCUUAUUAUGUAUUUUUCAUUGGGACGAGGGCGGAUCGUCAGGGACGGGGGUUGGGGACUGCGUUGAUGGAGGAGGUGUGCGAGAGGGCGGGGAGGGAGGGGAGGAGUGUGUGGAUAGAAUCUACAUCAGAGGGGAGUGCGAGGUUGUUUCGACGGUUGGGGUUUGUGGAUGUAGAGGAGGUGGUGCUGGGGAAGGGGAAGGUGGGGGAGGCAGGGUAUGGUCAGGUUGACGGGCCGGGGGUGAAGAUGUGGACUAUGGUUUGGAGGAAAAGGGAGUUUGAGGAGAGUGUGGAUGAAGUGUUUAAACUGAAUGAGUUGGGGAUGGAUAAUGAUUAGGGUGAUGGGGUAGAUCGGUUUGGCCGGUUGAAAGGGCGUUGAGUUUCGGAAUGGAUUGGGGGGUCUUAAAAUUAGAAAUAGAUUGGGGGUCAGAAUACGGAACUGCUUUUGGG